AUGUUCGUUGGGAGACUCCGGCUCUUUGGGGAGUUUGUUUUUGGCUUCUUGCGUAUAGGGUUUGGUCAGAGUUCUCUAUGCCACGAAGAGCCUUCUGGAGACAUAGAGUCCGGUGAUAAUCACGACAACGGAAGCCAGGAGGCGCUGCCGGGCAGCCUGCUGCUUCUUCGUGGCGGACGCGACCUCUCUGAGUGGAGGGCAGCUUGGAUGCAGUUUAUCCAGUCUCAUCCAGUCUCACCCAGACUCACCCAGACUCCGGACUUCACGGCCUUCGCCCAGUCGGAGCGCCGCCGCCGCGGCCGCCGCUACGGGCGGCUCCGAGCGGUCGAGGCAGGGGAGACCCGGGCGGAGGCGGUGCCGAAGUGGCUCGUCGCAUCUGCAGACUGGGGUGAGGAAGGGCCGGCGCAGCAGGAAGAGUCUGUGGACAGCUCGGAAGAAUACGAGCUGAAUUCCUUCGAAGAGCCUCAGAGACAAGGGAGAGCUUUGUACAAGCCUGGGCCCGAUGAUGAGUUCUCCUUCAUCGGCAUCUCUCACUGCUGGGAGUCUAGGGAGCAUCCUGACCCUUUCGGCUAUCAGCUCAAAACCAUAGUGGACGCGUGGCACUACUGGAGAGAGGCCGAUCCCGAGACGUACAGAGAUGCCAACAACACCUACUUCUUCAUUGAUUACAUGAGCUUGCCACAGUUUAAAAGAAGUGCAGAAGAGCAGACGUGCUUCCAGCGCGCGAUGAAAAAUAUGCACAUGUUCUAUGCGAACAGUAGCGCCUUUUUUUGCAAGAGCGUGUGGCGCUUGGAAGACUUGACGCCUGCAGGUGUGAAGAGACAGCAGAUCCGCAGCGGGCGGACCAUUCCGGUCUACAUCCUGGCUGAAGGGAAGGUGGUCGAAGUCCCCCUCAAGCGCUUGAAGCGCAGCAUUGGUGGCAAAUGCAGCUCGUCUUGCGACGAAAACUGUCGCAAUUUGCACGCUAAUGACAUCGUUUACCUCGGCCGGGGCUGGUGCAGGGCCGAAUUUGAAUGGGCCAAGCCCUACACCGUCGACAUUUCGCGGCGGGGCGUGUGCCUGCGCCGCUGCUCGGCCGAGUAUGACGCGCUUUUUCACCGGCUCUCGCUGCCCUGGACGCCUGAGGCGUUCCAGAGAAGUGUAGCCACCCGCGCCCUGAAAUUCACUCACCGCGGUGACAUCGACCCGGUGCUCGAAUUGCAACGCACGGUGUUCCAGCAGAAAGUGGCGACUCUGGAGAAUUUCAGAUGCGCUUGGCUUCCGUGCCACGAAGUCCACGACUUGGUGGAGCUUGUGCCGCUCCUGCAGGCGGUGCAAUUCUUCCAGCUAGUCGCCGCCCAUGUCGCCGACUCCCAGCAGAUGGCUCUGGCGACCGCCUUGGGGACUCGCCAAACACUGCAGACGGUGGCGAUCAACUGCAUCCAGCUGAGCCCCGGCGCGGCGCAAGUCCUGGCGGCGGUGCCACGGCUCCACACGCUGGGGCUGAUCGACUGCGGCCUGGGCGACGCCGGCGCCGGCGCCGUGGCGAACGCCCUGGCGCAGCACCCGACGCUCCGAGAGGUGCAGCUGCAAAUCAACGCCAUCGGCAGUCGCGGCGCGACGGCCUUGGCGAAGGCCUUGGUGACCAACAACGUCUUGGAGAAGCUCAACUUGCAGUACAACAAGAUCCGCUCGCGCGGCGCAGUGGCUUUGGCCGAGGCUUUGCGAAGCAACGACACCCUGAGAUGCUUGAUGUUUCGAUUCAACCCGAUCGGCGCCCAGGGCGUCCGAGCUCUGAGACGUAUUGCAGAGAGGAUCGCGGUGGCCCACGAAGGGUUGGAGAGAAAUGCAGACGCUUCCUGGUGCGGAUGGAUGUGCUGCAUCCUGAUUCGGGUCUUCUGGUGGAUCUGCUUCAUCAUGAUUGUCCUUCCAAUGAGAUGCUUCAGUUGGCGGCAGAGGGCCAUCGCCUGCAUCAGCGCCCGGGGGAAACCUGCCCAACCUGAGAAGAUGAAAAAGCCAGUGGACGUGGAAGAACCUGAUGCCAUUAGCUGCAGAGUGGAGCCCAAAUCACCAAAUGAAGCUGAGGAGAUUAGAGAAUGCAGGCUUGCGCUUUGA